AUGACAAAGUCACGUGCCAGUGAAGCCCCGACCAGCGGCCGGCCCCGGGGGUCCACCCCCUCGGCACCGCCAAGCCCCUCGGCAGGUGGGUGCCCAGGCCCCGGCCCAGCGCCCCGCCGCCCUGGCCCGGCCAGUAGUCAGCAGCUGAGGUGCCAGCGUCAGCGGAGACGGUCCGGGCGGCACUGGGCCUCGCUCCCGGCGGCGGCAGCGGUGCUGGGGCGCCGCCCCCCCGGCGCGCUGGUCCAUUACCGAGGGAGAGAUGCAGUGAGAAGCUCAGCUGAACACGGCGGACUCGAAUUCACUUGUUCGUCAGGCUCAGUCUGGUGGCAGGGAGGCUCCUUACCCCCCACCCCUCCCAUCACCCCUCCCACAAUCCCCGUCCCAACGUCCCACAACCCACAACGACCCCCCAGAGCGACCGUCUGUGCCACCUUUUGUACCGCCACGCCACUCGCCGCCCCGGCCAGCCCGGUGGGCGGCGGCCGUCACUCGUGCACCGGAUCCCUCGCAAUAGUACCGUAUCCUGUAAGAGAUGCCAUCCAUGCACAACCAUACUCUUUGAAAGCCUCACUCCCUCCUCACCCGCCCCGCUCCCCGACCCGCUCCCCGCCCCGCUCCCCUCCCCUCUCCUGGCACCGCCUGAGCCACCGGCUGAAGCCCAUCACUCAGUUAAUGUCGGUUUCCACCAGCACGCUUGCUUCAAAUGUAGCGGGCUUUUUCUUCAGAGUGCAGCAUCCAAUCUGCGGCUUCACGAUGUCACUGCUUCCGGCCCUGGGCGCCUCCCGCCGCACCCUGGCCACGGCCACGGGGCGGCGGGCCCCCUGGGGCCACCCCCGGGCAGGGCCUCGGACAGCCAGGGAGACGGGCAGAGAUAGGAGAGCUGUGCCGGGUCCUGCCCUGCCGCCCCUCUCCCCCCCAGGGACGGGGGGCGGCACCUGCAUGUAA